AUGAAUAAUGAUAAAAAAAAUGAUAAAAAACCUACCAAACAGGUUGAGAAGAGUUCUACGACUAAUAACUAAUAAAUUUAGAGUAAACUCUUGGGCACAAAUGUUAAUGAAAUAAAUAUUGAAAAACUACGCGAUCUCAAAUAAACUUAGAAUUACAAUUUACAAGGCAAACUUAAUUCAUAAAUUGUUAAAACAGUAUCCAAUAAAUUCGGUCUCGAUAUCGUAUUUGUCUUGGAUCUAAGCAAUUAAAAGAUCGGCAAUAUUGAUUGUUUAACAGAAUGCAUUCAUCUAGUUUAAUUGAACCUUCAAAACAAUUCAAUCAGUGACAUUUCUCCAUUGAAGGUUAUGAAAGAUCUUGCCUUUUUGAAUAUUUCCAAUAAUCAAAUUACUCAAUUGGAUUUGGGGGAGUUGUACUCACUUCAAAAUUUACAAGCUAAAGGCAACUUCAUCAAGAGUGUUAAGGCAAUCGAGUAUUUAGAUCGCAUUAGAGUAUUGAGGACACUCUAUCUACAAUGUCCAUCUGGGGAUCAGAAAAAUCCUAUUUGCGAUCUUAAUAAUUAUAGGAAUGUGAUUUUCAAUACAAUUAAGGCACUUUAAAGACUUGAUGGUUAUACUCGGGAACAAGAAUACAACACAGGAUAGGAAUUGUAAAAGGAGCAGGUUUAAAUCAAAAUUGAGAUUCCGAAUACUGGUCCAUGGUAUGUUUAGCAAUUCCCCAAAGUUGACAGUUCUUCAACGGUUUAACUCGAUGAUAAGGGAGUGAAAUAAUCAUUGGAUGAGACUAAAAAGUUAAUCGGCAAUAUUGAAAUGAAAUUGGCUUUAUUAAAUUGA